UCCAAGUUCUGUUCCCACUUGGUCGUGCUUACAGGUCUGUCUUUCUUUGACCGCUUCUUUUCCAUAGAUCAUGCACCGCACCAAUGUCAUUUUGAGUUACAAACAUAUUUAACUGUAUUUUAUAUGAUUAAAGGUUGACCGCUGAUUUGGAACGUGCAUCCAAGUUAGAAAAAUCAGUGACUAUGGUUUCACCUCUGCGCUAAGAUCAGCUCUUUUUUGUAUCCUCUACGUGUAAACAUGUAACUAAUUGACAAAUGCAGCAAAAAAAAAAAGAAAAGGAAAAUGAGAGAGAUGGAAAGAGACACGACUUUGGAGUUUCAAAACUGUUUUAUAUAGAAGAAGAGCACAGAGAGAUAAUAGAUGUUAUCAUAAGCCAAAAAAAAGUGGGUUUCUUGACCCAUAAGAAAUGCUGAUCCCUCCUCUUCGUCUUGUCUUCUUCCUCCUCUUGCUCUCCUCCAUUUUUUUACUACAGAUCAAAGCAGAUGAGCGCAACGAAAGCGGCUUGGGAGAUCAUAUCAAAGUAGACCCAAAACUCAAGUUUGAAAACCCGAAGCUACGUGAAGCCUACAUUGCUCUCCAAUCAUGGAAACAAACAAUCUUCUCUGACCCUUUCAACUUCACAGCCAACUGGAACGGCUCAGAUGUUUGCUCCUACAAUGGAAUCUACUGUGCUCCUUCUCCAAACUCAUACCCUAAAACCAGUGUCGUUGCGGGCAUUGACCUCAACCACGCCGACAUGGCUGGUUACUUGCCUGCCGAGCUUGGUCUCCUUUCUGAUCUCGCCCUCUUCCACCUUAACUCGAACCGUUUCUGCGGUGAAGUUCCUCUGACAUUUAACCGCAUGAAGCUUCUCCACGAGCUUGAUCUUAGCAACAACAGGCUGGUUGGGAAGUUCCCUAACGUUGUCCUCUCUUUGCCUUCUCUCAAGUUCUUGGAUCUCCGCUUCAACGAGUUCGAAGGCAAGAUCCCUUCAAAGCUCUUCGACAGAAAGCUCGACGCUAUUUUCUUGAACCAUAACAGGUUUCGGUUCGGUAUUCCCGACAACAUGGGGAACUCCCCUGUUUCUGCUCUGGUUCUCGCAGACAACGAUCUUGGCGGAUGCAUACCGGGAAGUAUCGUUCAAAUGGGGAAGACACUCAACGAGCUUAUCCUCUCCAACGAUAACUUAACCGGUUGCUUACCUCCUCAGAUAGGAAACCUCAAGAACGUGACGGUUUUCGACAUCAGUUCAAACACUCUACGUGGUGUGUUACCGUCUAGCAUUGGCAACAUGAAGAGCUUAGAAGAGCUUCAUGUGGCUAACAAUGGCUUCUCAGGACUUAUUCCUCCAAGUAUCUGCCAGCUUCCUAACCUUGAGAACUUCACUUACGCUUCCAACUUCUUCACCGGCCGUGCUCCUAUAUGCGCAGCUUUGUCUGUAACCGAGGCCAUUGUGAACGGCUCUAUGAACUGUAUUGCUGGUAUGGAUCGUCAGAGAUCGGCUGAAGAGUGUUUAUCUCUGCUCGCUCGUCCUGUUGAUUGCAGUAAGUUUGGUUGUUUUAACAUCUUCUCUCCACCUCCGCCGACGUUCAAGAUGUCGCCUGCUUUUCGGAUGCUUCCUCCGCCAAUUUAUGUUUACAUUUCGCCUCCACCACCGUCGUCCAAGAUGUCGCCUACCGUUCGAGCUUACCCUCCGCCUCCACCACCUUAUGUAUACUCAUCUCCUCCACCUCCGCCUACUCCAAGUCAACCACCGCCUAUUGUAUACUACGCACCCAUGACACAAAGUCCACCACCAACAUCACCCGUAUACUAUCCAUCGGAAACACAAAGUCCACCACCACCAUCACCAGUUUACUAUCCGUGGGAAACACCAAGUCCUCCACCACCAACACCGGUUUACUAUCCAUGGGAAACACCAAGUCCUCCACCACCAACUGAGUAUUACUAUUCACCAAGCCAGUCUCCGCCGCCAUCAAAGGGAUGUAAGGACGGCAAUCCUCCACAAGCAUCACCAAGUUAUGAACGAGCUCCUGAAAAUUCUUACACAACACCACCGCCUUCUUCCUACCCCGACACGUCUCUUCCACCGUUUCCAAGUGUCUCAUAUGCCUCCCCUCCUUACUACUAGUGUCUCAUUGGGAGAGAAGAAAGUGCAUCGACUUAUGAUUAACGACUACUCACAAUUAGUUUCUUUUGGCUACGAGACUAUAACAUGUGUGUGGGGUUAUUACUCGAGUUAUUAUUCUUUCCAUACUUUUUUACUUUGUGGAUAUUUUGUUCUUUUUUCCCCUAACACAGAAUGGAUACAGUAUAUAGUUUUCCUAUCUGUUACCAAUGAUAGUGUAUUUCUUGUUAUUAAA